UUUGGCAAGAUUCACGCAAUUUUUACGAUUCUAUCAAUUUGUUUACAUAAAUCUUAGAAUUUUUCAAUAAAAAUUAAGAAAAAAUGCGUUUAACGCUAAUAAAUCUUUUCAAAGACACUGUCCCCGGUCAUAUAUUCCGUGGCAAGAGACGUUUAGUGAAGCCAGUAAGUCUCAAAGCCAUGGAAACACUUCAACGUGAAUACGAACGUCAAGAGAAAACAAUGUUACUUUUGAGACAUCCAUAUUUGAGUGUUGAAGAAUCAGCUGGCCAUGUCAAGGAUUUAAAGAAAUCUGAGGCAAAAAUUAACAUGUGGAAUGAUGCCAAAACUAUGAAAAAGUUCAAACCACAUGUAACUCUAGAGGAUCGCUUAAAUCAUUUGAAAGUUAAAGCAGCUUGGGAUUAAAUGUUAUAUUAAAGUACUUAUUAGUUGUUUUAUUAAUUUAAAAUAAAAUUUUUAAAAAUGUA